UAAGUUUGUCUCUUUACACGUCCUUCCACCAUGAUAUCACUACAAAAAUGCAUCACAAGUACCUUACCAUUUCUCGUCUAUAUAUGGCUUCAUUGCAUCAGUUUUUCUUCUUAACUUCACCAUCUUCAAAAAAUUAAGAAAAAUAUCUUCAGUCUCAAAUAUCUUCCUCAAAAACAAGAACGUCUUUCUGUUUUGAUACAAUAUGUCGAAAAUACAUCCGAACUACGAAAACCCAUUGAAGGAGAUCAUUUAUUCUGAUGAUAAACAAGCUGAUAGUCCAAUAAAUUUGACGGUGUGGAAGAAAUCGAGCAUGUCGUUUCAAGGUAUGGAUGGGUUUACGGUAUUUAAUCAACAAGGAAAAUUAGUGUAUCGAGUCGAUAAUUACUCAAGGAAAAACCGGUGUUUGAUCGGUGGACUUGUUCUUAUGGAUGGUAUUGGAAGAGCCCUCAUGACUCUUAGACCUCGGUUGUUAAGCAUGCAAUAUCAAUGGAAUGGGUACGAAGGAGGAGAAGAUACAUGUAAAAAUGCUCCCAACACGCCAAUAUUUUCAAUGAGAAGAAGAUCCAUUCGCCGGAAAAGCAAUGAAGAAGCUGAAAUCUUCUUUAGUAAUACCGACUCUGUCAAGUCUAUAUUGCCGGAUUUGCGAAUCGAAGGUUCAUUUAGAAAGCGAAAGUGCAGUAUCGUCACCCACGACGGCAAGAAAGUAGCGGAAAUGUCAAGGAAGAAAGUAAAUAACACGACAGUUGUUUUAAAUGAUGAUGUUUUCAGUCUUGUUGUUGAACCCGGUUUUAAUUGUGAUAUAGUUAUGGCUUUUGUGGUUAUCAUGGAUCGUAUAUGCCAAAAACCAUUCAUGCCCGUCUUAUGCAGCAGCAGUUCUUGAAAGAAACCUUAGAGUCCACAGUUGAUUAUCGUCGGAGAAAAAUACAGGAGGGAAGGAUAAUCAGUGGGUGGGUUUCACGUUCACAAUUUUCUUUUCCGGUUUUGUAUAGUCUAGUGGGAGGGAAUAGGACAAUAAUGAUGAGUAUACGUUAUUGGAUCCUCAGAGAGAAUGUAAAUAUUUAAAAAUAUAUAUACACACUUUUGAUCAA